AUGGGCUUCAAUGCGAAGAGGAUAGAUUUUAUUCAAGCGGUUCUUGCACUUGUAUGUGUGAGCAAAUCAACGUGGGAAAGUAAGGUUAAUGUAUUUAAGAAGUGGGGUUGGUCUGAAGAGGAGGUUUUGAAAGCCUUUCGAAACAAUCCUUGGUGCAUGAUGUUGUCCAAUGAUAAGCUUAACGCGGGUAUGACUUUCUUUAUCAAAGAAAUGGGUUUGAGGCCUUGCCUUAUUGCCAACCAGCCAGUAAUCCUUACACUGAGCUUGAAGAAGAGACUAAUCCCGAGGUUUUCGUUUUUUCAAGCUUUACUCUCAAAAGGUUUGGUGGAGGAGGAGAUUAAGUUGCAUCAACUAUUUGUUGUUCCUGAAAAUAAGCUCCUGCAGAAGUUUGUCGUGCCUCAUGAAAAGGAAGCUCCAGAACUGUUGAAGUUGUACAAGGAAAAAUUAAAUCUUUCAAACAAACCAGAGAUUAAUGAUCAAGCAUGCUGA